AUGGACGAUGUCGUGAUGUAUCCCGCUGCCGAGCUGCCUCCUGUCAUCAGUCCUCAAAAGCCAAGGAAUCAUGUGCACUCAAGUCCUGAAGAGAAGCCAGAAAGCCAGAUUGAUGAGGCAGAAAGUCAGGUUGAUGAUUCUGAUAGUAAUGAGAAGGUUGGCAGUGAGAAAGAUUCAGAUGAUCCGGAUUAUGAUGCCAUAGUUGACAGUGACUAUGGUCUUGAAGAUGGAGAUAUUUGUGAUGAUGACUUUGACGAUUUUGCUGAUAAGAAGGGGAAGACAAAGUUAGCUGAAGAAGAACAAUCUGAUGAAGAAGAGCUCAAGUACCCAGAAUCAGAUGAUGAUGGACAGAUCAAGUUUAAUUUCAAAAUUUUCAGAGAAUAG